CUCUCUCAGUUUCAAAACUAGUUACAGAAGUUAGAUAUCAUCAACAGAGGAGAGAGAGAAAUCCAUUGUUAGGUUUAAUCAAGAAGACAAGCUUUAUGUUAGAGUUUAGGUUUGAGAUAUGUCUCAUGCUUGUGAAUGGAGAAGCUCCUCACUUUUAAUGGUUAUCUUCCUUUCUUCCCUACUCUAUCUCCUUUCUGUAAAUACCCGGAUAGGGGCAAUUCGGGUAUUUGUAGAACUACCGACGACAUUAACUACCUCUCAUGCUCCGGCUAAUAACCAAGAAGAUCCAAUGAAGAAGCACUCUGGCACCGGAAAAUUUGCUCCCGUGGAUUCUUCAUUGGGAAAAGGGUUCGGUGACAGUAAAAGACCAGUACCAAGUGGUCCAGAUCCUCUCCAUAACUAGUCGAAGCAGUAUCUUGAUGUUUUUUCAUUUACGUUAUAUUUUAUUCUCUUGUUCUUCUUAUGUAAUCAAUCAAUCAACAAGUGUAUUUCACCCAAAAUACUCACGUUUUUCUCUUUAAUAAAGGGGAAAACGAAGGUAUUUUGGGGGGGUUUAAA